AUGGGUACCCAAAAGAAAGAGAAGCAAAGACGCACCAGGCAGGGCGACACCCGUGACUCCAACCUCCGGGUCAAGGGUGAGAACUUCUACCGUGAUGCAAAGAAAGUUAAACACUUGCAGAUGUACAAAACUGGAAGAGCUGUGCGUAACGCCAAGGGUGAAAUCAUCCAGGCGGCAGCUCUCCAGUCCACAGAUGCACCCACUGCACGUGUGGAUCCCAACCGUAAGUGGUUCGGAAACACCCGUGUGAUUGGACAAGAUGCAUUGACUCAUUUCAGAGAAGCCAUGGGCGACAAGAAACACGACUCGUACGCCGUUUUGUUGCGCAGAAACAAGUUGCCCAUGUCGCUUUUGGAUGAGAAAGAUGCCACGGAGUCUCCUACGGCCCGUAUCAUCGAAACCGAAUCCUAUUCUAGCACUUUUGGCCCUAAACAGCAGAGAAAGAAGCCUAGAACGCAAGCUGCCUCUUCCUUGGAGGAGCUCGCAGACCUCACAGCCACUGACAGCAAAGCAUACGAGGACAAGCAGUACUUGGACGCUACACUCGGGUUGAUGGGUGGCUCAUUCUUGGAUAAGGAUGACUUCACCCAGGAGGCCAAGGAGGCCAUUUUCCACAAGGGUCAAUCCAAACGUAUUUGGAAUGAACUAUAUAAGGUGAUCGACUCUUCCGACGUCGUCAUUCACGUGUUGGACGCUCGUAAUCCUCUCGGUACUCGAUGCGAGUCUGUCGAGAAAUACAUCAGGGAUGAAUGUCCCCACAAACACUUGAUCUACGUGUUGAACAAGUGUGACUUGAUACCCACAUGGGUAGCGGUAUGUUGA